CCAGACGAGUCGCGCGACAUCUGCUUCUUCAGUCAUUUCAACGCUUUUGUUGACAAAUUCAAUGUUUUUCUACGCAUUUCUUCUACACUUUGAGUCGAUAUUUGUGUACUGUUUCUAUAGUAACAGUUUGUUCUGUGUUUUGGACGCCAUUUGCGUCAUGUCUUUGAUCUGCGAAACGAUUGCUUCGGACGAAGAGUUAUCGCACGGAAAGACAGAUGAAGACGAACUCGACUUCGAUGAAGAGGUCAGAGAAGCAGACACUGGAGUGAAUGCGACGGAAGAGCGCACUGAAGAAGGAGAAUUGGAUGAAGACGACGACUUGGAGGAAGGCGAGGUCAAGGAGGACGACGAAGAGGAGGGCGAGGACAAGGCAGAGGCCGUCAAGGAGGCGGGCGGGCGCUCGACCAGUAUUUGUCGGUUUUACGGAAGAGGACAAUGCACGUGGGGCAACAACUGCCGAUUCGUCCAUCCGUCCGGAACUCUUGUGAAUCCAAUUAAUCCGCAAAUAAAUCACGUCUCAAAUCAACCAAUCAAACGACCGCCUCCUCCUCCACCACGAAGACCUGCACGCGAUUUCUAUUCGGCCGUAAAUGCCGUCAAUGCGGGCGUUGAGGGAGGCGUGGGAGGAGGGCCGGGAGUGGGCGGAGGAGAGAGUGCGUGGGAGAGGGGUUUGAAGCAAGCGAAGGAAAUGAUUGUUAGAUCCGCGAGACGUAAAGAACAAGAAACCGAUUUCGAAGACAAAAGAUUUCAUUUAGGAGUCGAAGAAGAGUCGGAAAUAAAUGCCGGAAAUGACGGACGCGAAGACGAAUACGAACGCAGAAGGAGACUGGCCUUCGAGUCGGCUCCGUGGAACAACGACGAACCCACCCAAGGAGCACCGCCGCCCGGACCGCCGCAAAGACGCAAAGAUCCGGAACAAUUCAGAGAUCCGUGGCGCAGAUCUACUACUCCACCCGUUGCCGGCAAUUGUCCUCCAAUACGACGAAGACCUGAACAGCAAAGACCGAAACAGAGAUCGGAUUCAAUGUCUUCUAUUUCGGGAUCGGAUUCGGGUUCAGAGUUUUCCGGAUCUUCUUCUGAAUUUUCUGAAUCCACAGAAGGAUCUGGAAGAUCUGGAGGAAGAAGAAGAUAUCGGAAAACAGAGGGCGAAAAGAAACCGAAACGAGGCUUAAGAGAAGCCAAACCCAGACCAGAAAAUACCGAAAAAUUCACCGAAAAUUGGGCCAAAACUCAGACCGACGUCCGGGACGACGACUACGAUUCGUGGAGCGAGAGUUUAAGUGAAUCCGAAGACUCUUCCGCUUCUUUUUGCUCCGAAUCAGACGCUUCAGGAGAAGCGCGCAUUCCCAAACGCGCCGAUGGACAUCCGCCUCCUCCGAAGCGAGCAAAAGUUCAAACACAACGACCCGACGGCCCGAAAAAGUCGCCGAUAAAAAUGACUUUUAUGAAAAAGCACCCGAACCUCAAGAAGGACAUCGGAGCGACGGUUGCGCAGAAACUAAACGGCGGCCGUGAAGUGUCUCCCGAAGGCCCGAUACCGGACGACGACCGCAUUUCCACGAAAACGGCGUCUCCUUUGGCUUCAGAACCGACUUCUCCUCCGCCGCCGCGUGAUUCCAAGUCUUUGAUGGCAACAGUUUCGCGCAGAGAAGAGCUUUUACAGCAAUUGAAAGCCGUUGAGGACGCGAUCGCCAGAAAGCGGUCGAAAAUCAAUUGAUUUUCAUUUAAUAAUACUUUUCAUUCAUUUCUAUAAUAAAUGUUUUCAC